UCCCUCUCAAUUCGCUCUCUGCUCAAAUCCCAUAUUCCCUUUCUCUCUCUGUUUUCUCUUCACACUGAACAAACACUUCACUGUAAGAAAAAUGGCUGUGAAUUGGGCACUCUGCGUUGCUAGUCUUCUCUGUUUUCUAACGGUUGUUAACGCAAAAAUCGCCGGAGUUUACACCGGCGGAUCCUGGACAAGUGCCCACGCCACCUUUUAUGGAGGCGCUGAUGCUUCUGGAACCAUGGGUGGUGCAUGUGGCUAUGGGAAUCUGUACAGCCAAGGGUACGGAGUAAACAACGCGGCAUUGAGUACGGCACUUUUCAACAGUGGGCUGAGCUGCGGCUCUUGCUUCGAGAUAAAGUGUACUGACAGUAAGAAGGAAUAUUGCAACCCUGGAAACCCUUCCAUCUUGGUAACAGGAACAAAUUUCUGCCCACCAAAUUACGCCUUGCCUAACGAUAAUGGAGGCUGGUGUAACCCACCUCGCCCACAUUUCGACCUCGCCAUGCCCAUGUUCCUCAAAAUUGCUGUGUACCGUGCUGGAAUUGUUGCUGUCAACUACCGAAGGGUUCCAUGCAGGAAACAAGGAGGAAUCAGAUUCACAGUCAAUGGUUUCCAAUACUUUAACUUGGUGUUAGUGACCAACGUUGCAGGUGCAGGUGACAUUCAGAAGGUUUAUGUUAAAGGCACAAACACGCCAUGGAUUUCCAUGACUCGUAAUUGGGGUCAAAAUUGGCAAACAAAUGCAAAACUAAUCGGACAAGCACUUUCUUUUAGAGUCACUGGUAGUGAUCGACGCAGCUCUGCUUCAUACAACAUUGCACCAGCUAACUGGCAAUUUGGACAAACUUUCCAGGGAAAGAAUUUCCGCGUUUAAUUUCACCAAAUUUUAAAUAAUUACACUGACCUGAUCGAAAAAAAGAAAAUUCAUACGAUUUCCCGCCUUCAAUUAUUCUCUUUUUUAUGUGGGAAAAUUUUGAAGUGUCGCGGGGAUUAGUUUCUUUUUCUUUUGAAUUACUAUCAACUUUCUGGGGAAUUGGUUUGCUACUCUUUUUUCUUUUUAUGUAAGUUGGGUGUUGGUAAAGUUAAAGUGAAAAAUUAUAGAGGCUGAAGUGGCUACAAAAGGACCAAAUUUAGGGGGGGAAAUUGUAGCCCACAGCUUUACUUGCAUAUUGUUAUUAUUAUGGUGAUGUAAUGGCAAAUUAUUGCCAAGUUUAUGAAUAUAUUUUUAUACUGCAAA